AUGAUCCCAGGAUUACCCCAAGAGCUCCUGCAAGGCUCUGACGAAGAAGGCUCGAUGCGCAUGAAGCGCAUGAUCUUCAUCACAGAUAGCAUGACCGCCGCAGAGCUGAACUCGGACGGAACCCCGUUCAUGGAAAUCGGGAAGGACGGAAAGCCAGUUGGCCUCACCUGGCGAGUCACGCGUGUCGCGCGAGGCAGCGGGACCAGCGUCCGAGAGGUCGAAGAGCUGCUGUGUCAAUACCGGAUGAUGGCCAACAUGGCAAAACAAGCGGGCGGCAAGAAGGGGUGGUUGCAGGCAAUGCAGAAAAUGCAGGCGGCGGCAGGUGGUCGAGGACGAGGAGCUAAUGGUAUGCCGACUCCGGCGCAGAUACAAGCUAUGCAGCGAGCGAUGCCCCCAGGGAUGUUACAACAGAUGCAGCGCCAGAUGCGCAGCGGCGGUGGCAUGCAGGAAAUGAUGAAGGCUAUGAUGCAGGGUCAGGGCGGUGAUCAGUUUGACAUGGAGGAAAUGCAGCAAAUGAUGGCUCAAAUGGGCAACGGUAUGGGAGGCCUUGGCGGCCUGGGUGGGCUAGGUGGAGGUAUGCCCGGUAUGGCCGACAUGUUCAAGAUGAUGGGCAUGGGCGGUGGAGGAACACGAUAG